AUGGCUUCCGGCGAGGGGGCCGGGGCCGGGGUCGGGUGGGAGGCGGCGGUGCGGGCGGAGGUGGGCGCCGUCGCCUGGUGGGACGACCCGGACCGCGCAGACCUCCGCGCCAGGCUCAAGGCCUUCACGGGGCAGCGCAGCGACUGGCCCCAGCCCACGGUCCUCUUCUGGAAGGACCUUCUCCUCCGCGUCGCCCGGCGACUCCGCGUCUGCUCCGCCCCUGCCCACCUCGUGACGAGCGCUUGGUUCGCGCUCCCCGGAGGGCUCACGCCGCUCUGCUUGCCGCAAGUUCUGGAAGAGAUGCGUGCGGAUGGGGACAUACUGCUGAAAUCCGAGCUGAUCGAUCCAUCCUCAAGGAGCCUGCACCAGCUGCUGGUCAGGAGGGUGAGCCUGAUGACCAUCGGCUCCAGAAGGUCGGUUUCGCAGGACAUCCUCGUGUUCAAAUUGUUGGUUGAGGAACGAGCUGCUGAUAUUGCUAGGCAAUUGAGUGACUCUCAUUGGACAUCGACAUGUGUUGUUACGAUUAGCAAAUUCAAUAGCUUCUUUGUUGACCGGGAGGAUGCUCAUGUCGCAUUGUGUUUUUUGACCCAAAAUGGGAAAGCUAGGUACCUUUCGGUCAUGACAUCAACAUGUAGGACAGAUACAGCUAUCCAACUAAAUGUAGGCAGUUCCCAAAGAAAUUGGGGUGUAUGCAAUAUGAGUGCUUAUUUUGAUGUGGUGGAGAACAUAUUUUUGAAGUGA